UAACUCUCUCUCCUCUGCUCUCAUCCUUCUAGACCUAUCGGCUGCCUUCGAUACUGUGAACCAUCAGAUCCUCCUCUCCACCCUCUCCGAGUUGGGCAUCUCCGGCGCGGCCCACGCUUGGAUUGCGUCCUACCUGACAGGUCGCUCCUACCAGGUCGCGUGGCGAGAAUCUGUCUCCUCACCACGCGCUCUCACCACUGGUGUCCCCCAGGGCUCUGUUCUAGGCCCUCUCUUAUUCUCGCUAUACACCAAGUCACUUGGCUCUGUCAUAACCUCACAUGGUCUCUCCUAUCAUUGCUAAGCAGACGACACACAAUUAAUCUUCUCCUUUCCCCCUUCUGAUGACCAGGUGGCGAAUCGCAUCUCUGCAUGUCUGGCAGACAUAUCAGUGUGGAUGACGGAUCACCACCUCAAGCUGAACCUCAGCAAGACGGAGCUCCUCUUCCUCCCGGGGAAGGACUGCCCGUUCCAUGAUCUCGCCAUCACGGUUGACAACUCCAUUGUGUCCUCCUCCCAGAGCGCUAAGAACCUUGGCGUGAUCCUGGACAACACCCUGACGUUCUCAACUAACAUCAAGGCGGUGUCCCGUUCCUGUAGGUUCAUGCUCUACAACAUCCGCAGAGUACGACCCUGCCUCACACAGGAAGCGGCGCAGGUCCUAAUCCAGGCACUUGUCAUCUCCCGUCUUGAUUACUGCAACUCGCUGUUGGCUGGGCUCCCUGCCUGUGCCAUUAAACCCCUACAACUCAUCCAGAACGCCGCAGCCCGUCUGGUGUUCAACCUUCCCAAGUUCUCUCACGUCACCCCGCUCCUCCGCUCUCUCCACUGGCUUCCAGUUGAAGCUCGCAUCCGCUACAAGACCAUGGUGCUCGCCUACGGAGCUGUGAGGGGAACGGCACCUCAGUACCUCCAGGCUCUGAUCAGGCCCUACACCCAAACAAGGGCACUGCGUUCAUCCACCUCUGGCCUGCUCGCCUCCCUACCACUGAGGAAGUACAGUUCCCGCUCAGCCCAGUCAAAACUGUUCGCUGCUCUGUACCCCCCCUCCGAUGAACGCCACCGGGUGGACUACCCGGAGCGCCAGGGUGGAGGCGGUAAAAGUCACGAAGCAGGUCAUCGUCAAGGAUCUGACGCCGAGGAAUCCAACUCCUCUCCUCAGGACCAUAUCCUUCCCAAUCCACUAAAUACUGGAACCCUCGACCCCGCCAUCUGGAGUCCAUGA